AUGGGUCUGCUAGGAGUGCUUUGGUAUCAGUCGAUGGUGAUUGCAGUAGCGUCUGUGGGCUUCAGUGUCGCUAGCCGGCCGUCCGAUGUGUCACAUCUGUAUUUGGAGAAGAGCUUUCCACAGGCUCUGCACGACUGUAUGCAGUAUUUGCAAGUACCACCGUCACGGUACGAAGAAUACCAGGCGCUAAACUUUCCGAACGACCCGCAAACGAGGUGUCUAGUGCGGUGCGUCGGGUUGAACCUGCGCUGGUGGAACGACACCACCGGAGUCCACACAUCCGUGAUCGCCAACUUCUUCCGACCGGAUCCUACCGAUGUGCACUACGAGCGAGCAACGAAGGAGUGUGUGGAGCACCGACUGAAGCCGACGCCCGCUAAUCCUACGCUGCAGGACUGUUGUUUGCGGGCGUACAACACCUUUGAGUGCUACCUGCAAAACUAUGGGAACCUUGUGUACAGUCCCCAGUACUAUCCCGAGGAUCGGUCCCGGCAGGUGCAGGUCUCGUAUGAUUGCAUCAAUAUACUGCAGGUAUCGAAACCCCUGCUACAGCUUUUCACCGAAGAUUCGGUGCCCGAAGACCCCGGGACACAGUGUCUCGGGCGGUGUUUCUUCCUUCGCUUGGGUCUGUAUGACGAAGAGCGAGGCUUUGACCUGCGCCGGUUGUACACGCGCGAUUAUGUGACCCCCAACAAACGCUACCUGUCGAAGGAAACCUACGAUAAACUGUGCGCCAUACGUUUGACCAGCCCUGAUCAGUGCACGGAGGUGAACCGUGCGUAUUUCGGAGUAAUCAAAGAAUUGGAAACAUCUUUCCACAGUCUUUCGAUUGCGCACGAGGCCGCGAGGAAAGCGUUGAGCGAUGGAUCGACUUGUGCUGCACUGGAACCCUAA